UCGUGCUCACUUGAGAAAAAGAGAAAGAGAUAGUUUGUGUUAGAGGAUGUACGAGAAGGAGAUGCAUGAGUGUGUGUAUAUGUAUACGUGUUCGUUCACAAAGGUGUAUUUUUUACUUUCAUACUACAUUAUUAAAACACAUUGGAAUACGAUCUUUGAAAAGAACUUAUAGGAACCAUUAGAUUUUAGAUGGACGCGUGUUCAUUUUCCAUCUUUACGUACGCGAGAAUAUAUUAAUAUUUAUGAUAUAUGUGUAUGUAUAAAUGUAUAAACAAAUACAUUUACAUACAUUAAACGCAUAUACGUGUAUUCCUCUUGUAAUUCCACGUAUGUGUAACUUGAUAACUCUGUUUUAAUUACACAAGUGCGCUAAUAAGUGAAAGGAAAGUCAUGGGGAAAGAAAUAAUUAUAAAAUAAUAUACACCUACUAUCAAUAUUUUUCUCGUUGCAACAAUUGUGUAUACGUCUAAAUAGAUGCUAACGACAAAAGAGAGAGAGAGAAAAAAAAAAAGAGAAAAAAGAGAAAAACAAAAAAGAUUUAAUGCAAAUUGUGUUGUACCGUCGUCGAAUAAGUCCCAUUGGUUUUUUUUUAAUUCAAGUUCUUCGUCGUUUCUUCUUUUUCUUUUUUUUUUCUUCACAUAUAUAUAUAUAUACGAUUGCAACUAUUUUUCAAAUAAUUUUUAUUCUCUAUACACGUUUAAUAUUGUUACACACACACAGCAGAGAGACACACACGCAUUAAAUAAUAUAGACACGAUAGCAAAAUGAAAUAUACCUAACGCGUUAUAAUAAUUAUUAUCGUACCAUGUUAGAAAUAAUCUCAAAAAAAAAAGAAAAAAGAAAAAAAACAUUGUCUAUCUUCAUUGCGAUAGAUUAUUCAAGCCAAAAAAGAAGAAAAGAAGAAAAUAAAUAAAGGUGGAAGAACACGCGUACUAAACUUUUUACUUCUCGGUCGAUUUGAAAAGACUGAUGUAAAGAUGACAAAGUAGAAAAAGAAAAGAAAAGAAAAGAAAAGGGUGGUUUGCGAUAAAAAAAAAAAAGAAACUUUUAAUGCCUUUCACACACAUUUUUGUCGAAUAAUUAAAUAGUCAACGAGAUAUAACGGAGCCUAACUGGCUGAAGCUCAAACUCGCUGUUUGUAUGAAAAAGAGAAGAAGAAGAAGAAGAAAAAAAGAACGAAAAAUAGAAGAACAGAUUGGCAAUUAACAAAUAAACGAACAAAUAAAAAGAAGAAGAUAUAAAACAAGUAGGCGGUUGGUUACACUACCUCUGUGUUUGUGCUAAGGCAGGGAUGAUGAUUUUUACUAUCAGGAUAUGCUUUAGAAGCACGGUGCUAAUUAAAAGUUCCCAAAACAAAACAAAAAAAAAGAAAAAAAAAAAGAAAUAAUAAAACUGGUAUGCGCUUUAAACGUGUCCUAUGUUGUGUACGCCUGUGUAUUGUACGUGUGAUUGCGUUAGUAUACGUGCAAUUAGAAUGAAUGACGAUGAAUAAAAAAGAUAUUUCUUUUUCGUGGAAGAUGCAUUAAAAAGAAAAAUAACAGGAAGGAAGACAAUGCAAUUAUGAAAGAAUAUUAGGAUGCGAAUGAAUGUGAGUGAGUAUGUGAAUGUAUGUAUGUGAAAGAGAGAGAGAGAGAAAGAAAAAGGGAGAGAGUGAGAAAGGCACCGUUGUAAUUCUCAAUUGUAACAGAUAGUAAUAUGCCGAACACACAGAAACAUGUGGUUAAGUGCCUACUCGUAACUAAAAAAGUAACAAGUAAAAAGAAACUCUGAAUUACAAGCAAUUAUUCUCUGGCAAGAUUGAUAGCACAUUAAGGUGGACCUAUAAUUAUACAAAAAGAAUUACGAUUAAUUGAUGGUAGAAUAAUUUUCCGAAGAAAUAUGCGAAUCGUUUUUUAUAUUAUCCGACAAUACACGAAGUAGUAGACGAUAAUAGCAAUUAUAAUUAAAAAAAGCACGCCCACGCGCGAUUUUUUAAAUCGGGAUCGUGCUCGAGCGACGAUAUGAUAAUAUUUGUCCGUAAUUAUUAUAGGAAAGAAAUGAAAUUAUUAAAAAAAAAAAGAAAAAAAAAGGAAAAGAAUACAAAAACUACAACACCCCCCUGAAAAAAAGAAAGACAGAAAAAAUAUUCUAACUCGUGAAACGGUGACGAAUUAUUAAACGUCGCUUUGUAAGCCAAAAAAA